AUGGCGGCUGGAGCCGUUGAGCUGCGUCGAGCUAUGAGCUAUUGCACUGCGUUUAGUCACACACUUUUAGCAUUUAACGCUCGUUUAUGCCUCUGUUUACCUCUUGGGUGAUUUGUGUGGAGUCGUAGCAUUUGGAAUAAGAUACCUGGCUGCGUUGGUGGUGAAUGUAAAGCGUUUAAUGAAGAGAGCUAGCGAGAUUGUGUCAGUUAGCCAGACAGAUUUGAAUGUUUCUAAUGACAAAUAGCGAUUUUUGUGUUCACAAAACGCGCCUUUAUUGUGCUUUUCUCUUUUAUUUUGAUUGUUAAAUGACCAGAUAGGCUCUGUGUGCUAUGUAGUGCUUUCUUUAGUCCUCCAUUUAGCUGCUAUCUCUCCGUAAUGCCUUUUUUACCUCAAAAAGGAUGCUUUUGCACACAUGCAAGUGUGUAUAUUUGGUCGUUUUCACUGUAACUAGACAACUUGCAGUGCUGCUUGUCAUUUUGCCUGUUAAUGGCAGCACUGAAACCCAAUCUGGCCAACUGAUCUCACUGCAUUGUUGAAGGUUCUGGCCAAUUUGAAAUGUAAGGUCUUGAAUUCAUUAGUCUCAUCUGAUGCUCAAUGAUCAGGUUGCAUUGAGAAAAGUCUGCUGAAUUUCCAUGAGGAACAAUGACAUGAAUCAUUCUGGGGGUUUGUUUGCAAGGGGGCGGCGGUUCAUUUGUAUUUCAUGACAGUCUGCUGAAGAGUUUUGUAGGGCACCUCUGGAGGAUUAAUUGAUCAAUUAGGCUUGUAAAGGAGAGAUUACAGCAGAGAAACAGCCACUGCGGUGGGUUUGAUUUAAGCCUUUAUUUAGCAUCUGAAUUGCACUGUUUCUGUGGACCAACCACUCCAAAUGAACCGAAACGUAAUGCAUGUGUGUGCAUGUAUGCUUUUAUUUAUAUUUCUCACUUUGCAUAAGCAUACUGCUCUGAAACUAUCGUUUUCCUUCUGUAUCCUUUCACUUGGUCAGUCCCAUGUUAUGAAUACUGUUCAAUAACACCAUUUUUCUGCAUCAUUGAGCUGUAAAUUCCCUCGCUUUAAUUGCAUUCAGCAUUGUCAGACGCUGUCAUUAUAGCAGCCACUGGCCAACAUUUGAUACAGCUCAGUACUUUUGCCUCUACAGCCAAAAUAUAUUAGAUUCUCAUACGCUGGAAAAUGCAUAGACAGAAUUGCUCCAUCAUCCAUGUGCGGGUUUUUAAUGCAACACCAUCGAGUUCAGUUACAGCCAAGAUUUUGACAGAGUUGGAGAUCCAUUGUCAUGUGUGUAGGUUUAUGUAAAAUAUAGUUAACUUCAGCCAAAUAUAUAUUUGCCUGGGAAAAGUCUAGGCCAAACCUGUCAAGAACAUGUCUGGGUCUAGUUUCACCAUACAAAAUUAGAAACUGUAUUUUGCUUAAAGAAAAUAUUGAAUAUUUUUUUGCGAUUUGACAUGGUUUUCAUUGCAGUUAAGCUGUUUCUCCAAAGAACCUAUAAAGAAUUUGUGCAUUACGAUGGUGUUUGUGUUGCCUGUAACUGAUUAAAUUGAUGUUGCAUUGUUGCAAAUCAGUGUAAUUAAGCAAAAAUACUGUAAUUUAGAGUAGGAACCUAGCAAGAACCACCAUUGAAAAUACUAACAAAAAUAGACUUCUGUGCAUAAAUCUUUAUUUAUGUUUUUUUUUUAGAAAAAAUAAAUUCUAAAAAUUCUUCUGUGUUGAGGAAAAAUGUGUCUUUGAAUGUUGUUUUCAUGAGAUUCACCCAAUAUGAGGAAAAAAUAGUAGAAACUGAAAUGAGAGUUUGUUUGAAAGGUGCUUGAGGACAUUACAAAUGCUCAGGUCAAGUGAUUUAAAAACAUUGGCAUCAUCUCACCAUCUUUAUCUAAAAGUAACAUGGCAGGAUGCCUUAAAAAAGGAGGACUGACCUUGAGUUAAUGUCUUGCUCGUUGUUAUCGUGACAGUUACAGACUGUAAAGUUGAAAAUAAAAGCAGUAUUAUUUGAGUCCAGCUGUGUUGGAAAAUAGCAGUAAGUGCAUUUUCGGGUGUAUUUUUGUGCAUUUUACACGUUUUUAAAAUAUAUUGCAGUUGGAUUGCACUAGGUUGUGUUCAAGUGCAAUGGACUGUUUUAUAAAACAUGUUAUGGUUUUGAUUCAGUUGGACGGUCUGGUAGAAUAAAUGAGUUUGCCAUCGUCUGGCCAGCUGACGUGGUUGUAAGGAAGCCCCGAGCUCCCUGCGCUUGUAGUGUACUCCUGUUGUGUUGUAUAACAGUGUCUGCUUGGCUUCCUGAAUAAUGCAAGUCUCAUGUCAUGGCUCAUCUGCUUUGCUUUCUUUGGUAUUUUGAGUAUUGGGACAUCAGAUGGGUGCAAUUUUUAAUGAAUGCCGAUUUGCAAAGCAUAAGCCUUCACAUGGGGUUGAAUUUCACAUUUGAGCCUAUUUUUUUUACAUUUCACCUUUUCAAGUAUUACAUUAUUGUUUAAAAUAGUUUUCACUUAAAGUAAUAGUUCAUCCAAAAAAGAACAUUCUGUUAUUGUUUACUCACCUUUACGUUGUUCCAAAACUGAAUGACUUUCUUUGUUCUGUGGAGCAUAAAAAAAGAUAGUUUGAAGAAUGUUGAUAUGUUACAGUUGGCUUCCAUUAUGUGGACAAAGAAUACAUUGGAAGUCAAUGGGAAAUAAAAUGGUUGCUGAAGCCCUUCUGAAGGAGGUCUGGAUCAGUACCCAUCUGCGCGGGCCCUGAGAGGGCGACCCGUCCCGCCCGCUCGCUCCUGAGCACCAGUCAUUCCACAGCGUCAGACGGGCAUCGGGCGAGCACGUUACAUGCCAGCGUUUUUUCUUUUAUUUUGACUGCCCCCUUUCGGUUGAAUCCCUUUCUCCCCUGAUACUCUUUCACUAAUCAGAAAGGGUAGACGAUAUUUUCACCCUAGUGCGGCAGCCGGGCUGCUCCCCCACACACAGAUGAAUGAAGACCCCAUUCGGGAAGAACGCGGCCCAGAGAUCCAGAGCUGAUGCAGGGCAUGCUGGUGUCUCUGCAAAUAUGAUGAAGAAAAAGAACUCUCAUAAGAAACACAAAAGCAGCGUAGGCCCCACCAAAGCAGUGGCUCAGCCGCGGAGGAACAUCGUGGGCUGUCGUAUCCAGCACAUCUGGAAAGAGGGCAGCGGCGCGGCGUCGCAGUGGAAAGGCACCGUUUUAGACCAGGUGCCCGUCAACCCCUCGCUCUACCUGAUCAAAUACGACGGCUUUGACUGCGUCUACGGCCUGGAGCUGCACAAAGACGAGAGGGUGCAGGGACUCGAGGUCCUGCCAGACAGACUCGCCUCGACGCGCAUCAGCGACGCUCACUUGGCCGACACUAUGAUAGGCAAAGCCGUGGAGCACAUGUUCGAGACGGAGGACGGCACUAAGAACGAGUGGAGGGGAAUGGUUCUGGCCCGGGCGCCAAUCAUGAACACGUGGUUCUACAUCACAUAUGAGAAAGACCCCGUACUCUACAUGUAUCAGCUGCUUGAUGACUACAAAGACGGAGAUCUGAGGAUCAUGCCAGACUCUAACGACUCGCCCCCGGCGGAGCGCGAACCCGGAGAGGUGGUGGACAGCCUGGUGGGGAAGCAGGUGGAAUACGCCAAAGAGGACGGCUCUAAACGAACUGGCAUGGUUAUCCAUCAGGUGGAAGCCAAACCCUCCGUCUACUUCAUCAAGUUUGAUGACGACUUUCACAUUUACGUCUAUGACCUGGUGAAAACGUCGUAAGGCGGCGACGACGCGGGACGAGGAGAGGGGGAGGAGUUUCGCGUAAACCAUGUGAUCCACACAAACGUUUUUUGCCAAAAGUUCUCUCGGAACAUUUCUCGUAACAUCUCUUGGAAAUGGAACGCUGGAUAUUUCGGUGGAUUACCGCUAGUCAAGUGUCUCUUAUCGUUGUAGGAUGAACGGACAUCACAUCCCCCGACAUACACGUAGCUUCAUAUUUCAGAGGUUCGUCUCGAGCAUUUCCCAUUCCUGUCGGUUCGGAAAAAAAACCCGUCUGGCCGUUCUGGGACGUUAAAGUGUUCAUCCGUUGGACUGUUACAGCUGCGUCUUGGGUCGAAAUUCAAGCUAGCGGCGUGCGCCGAUCCUGAGGCGAGCACACGAGGCGUUUAUCCUUUCAGACGCGGUGGCCCGUGAAGGAUGGGGAGCGUUCGGGACGUCCCAAACCUCGUAAAAGUGCCAGGAGGUGGAGGGCGGGAGAAAAUGUCUGUAAAUAAGACAUCUUUCUGUCCCUUGUGUCUUUGAGUCGGUUGCCAGAUGUUUCUUGUUUUAUCCCUCCGUCUUCUGGUUCUCGCCAGAAUUGCGCACACGAGCUCCGCUGUCAAUGAAAUGUAGGCAUUUGUGGCGUGAAACCCCACCGUCUUGUUUUUAUGUAUUUUGUUUUUUACUUUUUAUUAUAUAUAUAUAUAUAUAUAUAUAUAAAAAAUAUAUAUAUAUGUAUCAUCACCACGAGUAAACGCUAAUGCAGCUUUUAUUAUCUUAAGCACUAAAUUUAAAGAGUUGUUUUGCUCCUGUUUUUCAGUGAAUGAAAGAAACGUUUUGCAUUUCAUAUUUGGAUUUAACGUUUGUUUCACGUCAUAAAAUGUACAAAAUGCCCACUAAUUGUAUCAUAAUUGCAAUAUUGGGUUGUUGUUAUUGUUAUGGUGUAGAUUAAUGGGUUUCUUGUGACUUAACA